UCUCUUAUUGUUUUUUCUUCUGUGACAAAAGUAACAAUAAACAACACUUUUGUGCGGUGACAGUUUUUUUACUUCUGUCACUAAAAUGACAUUUUAACUGGAAAUGUGAUUAACUAGUAAACCUAAAAUUCAAAAUUUACACAAUAAUAAACCACCAUGGACUGCAGUUUCUUUACACAACCAUGUUAUCCCAACAUAUGUUGCGUUCCUAUUACUCUAUGUCCAAGCAGCCCAGAAUGUUGUCCAUGCGGUAUGUUGCCAGUACCAUGCGUACCCCAAGCGGCUGUCUUUAAACCGGUGGUAAGACCAGGAAUGCCAGUAAAAUACUACACGCCCUUGAAGAAGGACCAGAUUCCAAAACACACACCUUGUCGACCACCAGAAAAGCCUGCACAUCCUUGUGGGGAACGUGUAGUUAUAAAACGACGGCCAAUUCGACCACCAGCCAUGGCGCCAUUUGGAUGGAUGUGUCCUGGAUUUCAACUUCAAAGUGGUGAGAUAAUUCCUACGCAGAAAUAACAUUGAAUAUUAAAAGCAGAGUUAAUUCAUACAAGUAUUAUUCAAAUACAUAUAAAAGUGUAUGAAUAUACAAGGUAAGAAGAUAAUAAUAAUAAUACUCUCCCUAAUUCACCCCUUUAUGAGUGAAUUUUAACCCCAAAAGCGAGCUUGUGCGGAGAAAGGGACGGCUAUUAUUAUUAUUUGCCGUGGCGCUCCGGGGCGACUUAAAGAUGAUUGACGGUGCCAUUUGA